CCCAAUUGCUUCCUAAUGGGGUGCUUCACACUUCGAACUUGGAAGAAGCGAUUUCGACUUUGUCCAUCCUUUCGCAGCAAAACCUAUUUAAACCCUAAUUUCUUAAUUCUACUUCCAAUUUCUCAUCCGAUAAUUUGAAUUAAUUAAUUCAAUGGGAAGGGAACUCCCAGAAACCAUCUCUUCACCACUCAAUUCUCCCGGGGCUCCUGGUAACAUUACUAAUAUCUCGGGUCAGGUCCGAUGCGUUACCGAAUGGUCGCUGGCUUUGUCUGACUUUACGGAAAAGGGAAGCGAAGAGGCUGCCAGCGAUGACUUCUGUCUGAAAUCAUUACCUCCCGUUCGAAGUGAUUCACAUUGGUCCCAACCGUGGAGUAUCCAGGCAGCAGUGAACCUUUUGGAUCCGAAAUUUUAUGGAGGUCUAGACUCUAAGGGCGCCGAACCUGAUUGGACGGACACGUGGAGCCUUAACAAUGGUCCCGAUCAUCGUUUCUCUGCUUCUGUUUCUGGGUUGUCGGGUUUGGAUUGGAAUUGGGAAGCUAACCCAAUGAUUAAGGAGUGUUCAGAGUGCAGCUAUGAUGUGAAGGAGCAAACAGUUGAAUUGGAAAAUGUACCUUUCUUUUCGAGUAUGGAUGAAUGGAAACGGACAGAGGAAAGAAAAGAACACGCAGCUUUAGGAGAUCAUUCAUUGUUAAACUUUUUCUGGGAUGAAAAGACGCCUUUGUCAAUGGGUGGAGGACUUGCUAAUUUGGGUAACACGUGCUUUCUUAAUGCGGUACUACAAUGUUUCAUGCACAUAGUACCGCUAGUACAAAGUAUUGAAGCAUAUAAUCACCCAUCUCCUUGUGAGGCUUGUAGUGAAGGGUAUUGUGUUCUUUGUGAUCUAAAAGAGCUUACAAAUGCCACAUUGGGUUCCAAGGGUAGCAUUAUCCAUCCCUGGAAAAUUGUCAACAAUUUAAGUUCAGUCUUUUUGUCUAGUUUUCAGAGGUAUCAACAGGAAGAUGCUCAUGAAUUUCUCCUGUGUUUUCUGGAUAGACUCGAAAGAUCUUGCAGUUCUCUAAAGAUGGAAGGCCAGCUUUAUUCAAAUCAUGAAAAUAUUGUGAACCAAACUUUUGGUGGUCUCCUCAUUAGUAAAUUGCAGUGUUUCAAUUGUGGCCAUUGUUCUAAAACCCAUGAACCACUGGUUGACAUGAGUUUAGAGAUACGUGAUGUGGACAGCCUACCUAUGGCUUUGGAUUCUUUCACAAAAAUCGAAAAGAUUGAAGAUCCCAUGACAAAGUUCACGUGUGAAAAAUGUAAGUUACAAGUGUUGAUUGAGAAGCAGCUUUUGUUGGAUGAGACCCCUUUAGUUGCCACCUUUCACCUGAAGAGAUUCAAAAAUGAUGGUUUUCGUGUUGAGAAGAUCGACAAACACAUAAUGUUCCCGCUCGAACUGGACUUGCUUCCUUAUGUGGAUAGACAAAAGAAACCUGCCGAAUCAAAAUACAAUCUUGUUGCAGUUUUGGUGCAUAUUGGGCUGUCGUUGCAUUCUGGGCACUACUACUGCUUUAUUCAUGCUUCUCCCAAUGAAUGGUACAUGUUCGAUGAUUCAAAGGUUAUUCAGGUCCAAGAAGAUUUAGUCAUGUCUCAGGCAGCAUAUGUCCUCUUCUAUGUGAGACAGGACACUCCCUGGUUCUCACAUUUCAUUGAAACAAAACAGCCCACACCAAGCAGUUUUUCUUCUAACCUGCUGUUUCACAAUGUUGAUCCGAUUUCUAAUCCAUCUCCCAUUAUGGAAAGUGGCUCAAUACAUAGUGGGGUUGAUACAAGUGAAGAACAAGGAAAGGAAAACGUGUGCAAUUCUUCAGAUAUCUCUUCUGCCGAUACUGAAAAGAAGAGGCCUAAUCGUUUGGUUUUCAAAGAUAACAAUAACAAAAGGGAGUUUGGGAUAACUGGACGGCUUGCAGAUGCGAUUACUACAAGUCCGUCAAGAUCUCCAAGCCAACAUGGAGAAGUCAUAACUGACAAUUAUUGUUCCAAUCCUUGUGCCCAACAGAGAUUAUCUGAUAAGAUUUCCUGUAAAGAUCAGUACCGAAAGCACUUUGUAGGGGACCCAGAAGGAAAACAAGCUUGUUCAGUAAAGACAAACAUGCCAUCAGUGGCUGCUUCACUCAUGAAAGGUUGUAUGAAGAAGAAAAGGAGAAGGGAAGUAGUUUCUGUUAGAGAAUGUGGUUUGUCUCCUUAUGGUUCUUUGCUGUCACAUCCUUUAAAGGCCAGCCACCUGAGAUGAACAGCUAAGGGAGCUAGUUUUAGAUCUACCGUAAGUAUCUGGGUUUAUAGUGUAAUGUAAUUAGGGGUAAAUAAAUUAGAUAAAUUGGUACAUUAACUACAGGAGCUGGAAUAUUUUGGAACCUCACCCCAUAAUUAUGUACUCCGUAAUAUUUUGGUACAUCUUUCGUUCACAUUUAUAUUACUUGACUCCCUGGAAAUAUUCUCACACGUAUCAUAUCACUUCAUAUGUAGUACUUGAUGAAAUGUCAACCAUUAUGUAUAUAAUUAUACCCAUUUGUCGUUUAAAUCAUCAAUACGUUGCACUUUAUU